AUGAGACUACCUUUGAGAAUUAUGAAGAAAAAGUGUGAAUUCUCCAGAAUUUGUGAAAAUAACAUGUUGAUGACUGAUAUUCAAUUAAAAUUUAAAUCAGAUCAGUUGAAAGUUGUACAUGCUUUUCGAGAUCAACGGGAUUCAGAAGAUGAACGUGCAAAUAUAGCAGCGUUAAUGCAUCAUCAUCGUUCAUCAAAGGAUGUCUUACAACAAACAUCAAAGAAAAGAAGAAAAUCACAACAACUGUAUAAGAAUAAUAAUGAUAAUAAUAAUAUUAAUUCACAUCAACAAUCUCAUCGUUAUCACCAUCACCAACAGCGACGACAACAACUUCAACUAACAGAUUCCGCAGACUUUUCUCCUACUUCCCCAGCCACAUCAAAUAAGUUAGGAGAAAAAAUUGCAGAAGGAAAUCCACCGUUAGUUUUAGAGCAAACCGCUUAUAACCAAAUUAAUGAUGAAGAAAAGUAUCAUGAUAACAAUGAGCAUUGUGAUGUCAACAAUGAUGAUAAUUAUAUCAAUGCUAAUACCAGUAAACAAAGACAAUAUCAUGACGAGGAAAGUACACUUACCGAAGUAACAACAACGAAAUGCAAAGGGAAUAAUGAUGAUAAACAGUUCGAAGAGACUGUUUGUCAAAUUCCAAAGGAAACUACAGACAAUAUGAUAAAUCCAGAUCUUGAAGAAUGGAUUAAAUCGAGUUGGUUACAUGAUUCAAGUGGUCAAGAAUACAUAAGCUGUACUAUGCCAGAAUCAUCAUAUAAUAUGGGAAAUAAUUUUCAACUACAAAAUAAUCCUUCAGCAUGUACAUUUGAGCGUCAGGAUUCAAGUACCGUUGUAGUUGGCAGAAAUCAACAUUCAAGUCGGCCGCAUAAACAGAGAAGAUCAAGUAAACCACCUGCUCCGCCACCUCCAUUUAAACAACCAUUUAGUACAGCUACCUCAGACAGCUCUAAUUUACUUUAA